ACAUCUUCUGUUUUAUAGGAUCUUGAACGAGAAGAAAAUCGUAUACACUAUCUUUCUCCUCCCAUCAAUUCUAUUCAUAGAUACAAAGCAUGAAAGUCAAACAUUUCCCAUUCUCUUAUAAAGUUUUACCAAACCAAAAUUCUUAUAAAUAAAAACUAUUGAUUUUUUUUCUUACAGAAACUAUGAGAAGUAAAUGUCUUCUUUUACUGUUGAUCAUAACUUCCAUCUACGUUGGAGUUUCUGCAAAGAAUCACUUCUCAAUACCUAUUUUGAGGAGAAGUGAUUUCCCAGAAGAUUUCAUUUUUGGAUCUGCCACUUCUGCGUACCAGUGUGAAGGUGCUGCUCAUGAAGAUGGUAGAGGACCAAGUAUCUGGGACACCUUCUCUGAAAAUUUUCCAGAGAAGAUAUUGGAUGGUAAUAAUGGGUCCAUUGCUGAUAAUUCUUACAACCUAUACAAGGAAGAUGUGAAUUUGCUUCAUCAAAUUGGCUUCCAUGCUUACCGAUUCUCGAUCUCAUGGUCACGGAUUUUGCCUCGUGGGGAUUUAAAGGGAGGUAUCAACCAGGCUGGAAUAGAUUAUUACAACAACUUGAUUAAUCAACUUCUGUCAAAGGGAAUGAAGCCAUUUGUCACAAUCUUUCACUGGGACCUACCAGAGGCACUUGAACAUGCUUACGGUGGCUUCCUCGGAGCUGAGAUUGUGAAUGAUUUCCGGGACUAUGCAGAACUCUGCUUCCAGAAAUUUGGAGAUAGAGUGAAGCAUUGGGUGACAGUAAACGAGCCAUUUACAGUGGUACGUGAUGGUUACAUAAUUGGUCAUAAGGCACCUGGAAGAUGUUCCAGUUUCACUAAUCCUAAUUGCACCGGGGGUGAUGGAGCCACCGAACCUUACAUCGUCGGCCAUAACUUCCUCCUCGCUCAUGGAGCCGCCGUCAAGAUCUACAGAGAAAGGUACCAGGCAAUUCAGAAAGGCAAAAUUGGUAUCGCCUUAAACACAGAAUGGCACUACCCUUACUCGGAUUCUUAUGCUGACUAACUAGCCGCAGCUCGAGCCACGGCCUUCACCUUUGACUACUUCUUGGAGCUAAUCGUCUAUGGUAGAUACCCUGCCGAAAUGGUCAACCAUGUGAAAGACGGUCGCCUUCCUACAUUCACACCAGAAGAGUCAUCAAUGCUAAAAGGAUCAUAUGAUUUCAUAGGUCUUAACUAUUACUUAUCUUUCUACGUUAAAGACGUGCCGUGUGCAACUGAAAACAUCACCAUGUACACCGAUCGUUGCGCCAGCAUAGUAGGUGAGCGAAAUGGAGUGCCUAUCGGUCCAACGGCUGGUUCGAGUUGGCUUAUGAUAUACCCCAAGGGUAUUCGUGAUCUUCUACUGCAUGCAAAAUUAAAAUACAAUGAUCCCGUCUUGUAUAUAACAGAAAACGGAGUGAAUGAAGCUAACACUGGAGAAAUCUUUCUUAAUGACGACUUGAGAAUUGACUACUACGCUAAUCACCUUAAGAUGGUUCGCGAUGCAAUCUCAGAUGGGGUGAAUGUGAAAGGAUAUUUUGCAUGGUCGCUGAUGGAUAACUUCGAGUGGUCGGAAGGAUACACGGUCCGGUUCGGGCUAGUGUAUGUGGACUUUAGAAAUGGACGUAAGAGGUAUCCCAAGAAAUCAGCUAAGUGGUUCAGGAGAUUGGUGAAGGGAAAGUAUAUUGGGACUAAACAGCAAGUGGCUGUUAUGUAGUAAAUCAGAGCAGCAUUAUCCAUAACAACUCUAUUGGGGUGCUUAAACAAUUGUUUAGUAUUAAAUAGGUGUUAAGCACUUUUUUAAGCAACUUCUAAUAUUUUGACCUCCAAUGCAAGUUGCUUAUUUUGGGGUUUCUUUUUACAUCAAUAACCAAACAACAAUGUAACCAAACUAUCUCAGUUUCGUAUAAAUGAUGCUUGGGACAUGACACAACGAAGGAGAGAAGAUGACUUAAACAUUCUUUACUACUCUUGUUACUAGUCCGUGACACAAGACUACACAAGACUCAGAACAUCAACGACACAAGACAUGUUACAACUACACAAGACUCAGUACCACAACAACAGAAGACUACACAUGACAACACAAUAGGACACAACACUACAUCAAACGGUUCAGUCCCACAUCGA